GUGAAGUAGAGCUCCGUCGCACAGGGGGGAAAAACAUGAACUGACAAUCUCUUAGAAAAAAAAAAAUCAUCUCCAGACUGUGUUGACAAAAUAGAUUUGGACUUUGGGAUGUUUUAUGGACUCGGAAACGAGGGAGUUUCUUCUCAUCUUCUGCAUCGAUGUAGGCUCUCUGCGGGUGUAUUAUAGCCUGUUUAAGACCCAUUUGCGGAAAAAGAAACGUGCAUUUUUCUUUUAAACACACGCAGCAGCAACAAAGACAGCAACCUGGACUACUUUUUCGAAACAGGAAUGGUUUAUCCUUCCGAAGGGUUAUUCUACAUCGAAAUGGAUCAAGCACCACCAGCUCUUCCUCCCAGGUCAGCAAAGCCAGUGUCCACCACCGUGAACAACAACUGCCUUUCUCCACCUGUGUACUCGCUUCAGGACGCUGAAUGGUAUUGGGGAGACAUAACAAGGGAUGAAGUGAACGAGAAGCUCCGGGACACACCGGAUGGUUCCUUUCUGGUGCGUGACGCAUCCACGAAACUGCAAGGCGACUUCACGCUCACGUUAAGGAAAGAUGGACACAACAAGCUGAUCAAGAUAUACCACCGUGACGGGAAGUAUGGCUUCUCGGACCCCCUCACGUUCACAUCAGUAGUGGAGCUCAUUUGGUACUAUCAGCACCAUCCGUUAGUCGAGUACAACGCAACCCUGGACCUGAUGCUCACACAUCCCGUGUCCCGCUCCCAACAGGUGAAAGAAGACAGUGUCGAUGUUGCCGGCAGAAAACUCAAGGAGGUUCACUGUCAGUAUCAAGAGAAGUCAAAGGAGUUCGAUCGCCUUUACGAAACAUUCACAAAGACCUCGCAGGAGAUCCAGAUGAAAAGAACAGCAAUCGAGGCAUUCAAUGAGACGAUGCUGAUUUUCGAGGAGCAGUGUCGGGAACAGGAGCGUUACGGCGAGGAGUUUGAGAGGAACAAUCAGUCUGAAGUAACAGACAAAGAUCUGGAGAGCUUCCUGAUAAAUUAUGAGAAGCUGAAGUGCCGUCUCGGGGAGAUCUACGACAGCAAAAUCCAUCUGGAGGAAGACUUGAGAACGCAGGUGGAGGACUACAGAGAGACGGACAGGAAGAUAAACAGCUUGCGGCCUGACCUCAUCCAGCUACGCAACAUGAGAGACCAGUACCUUAACUGGCUCAAUCACAAAGGCGUACGACAGAAACGCAUAAAUGACUGGCUUGGGACACAGAUUGACAGCCUCGAUGACACAUAUGUGCUGAAGGGAGAUGAGAAGAAUUUGCCGCAUCAGGAGGAGACAAGUUGGUUUGUUGGCGAGAUGAGCCGGACGCAGGCAGAGGAGAUGCUUCAAGGAAAAGCUUCCGGAACAUUCCUGAUCCGAGAGAGCAGCAAACAGGGAUGCUACGCCUGCUCUGUUGUUGUAAAUGAAGACGUGAAGCAUUGUAUGAUCUACAGCACACCAAACGGAUAUGGCUUCGCUGAGCCCUACGAUGCCCACUGCUCACUGAAAGACCUUGUCCUGCACUAUCGCUUGCACUCAUUAGCGCAACACAAUGAUGCCCUGGAUGUUCGGCUGUCACAUCCAGUACACGCCAAAGCUGCAGCCACACCUUUGCAACACCCAGAGGAACACAAACUCUUACAGACUCCAAAACACACAGCGGGGCUGCCGCCUGCCGCUCCAGAAAUGUAAUCCAAUGGAAAGAGACAUGUUGUUUACUGUAUCCUGCGAGAAUGACUGCAUCGAGGUGCAUUUUGUAAAGUUUUGCACUACAAUGAUUCCAUCGGUUUUUGUGAAUGGGAUUUCACAGAUAGAAGUGGGACCGGAACUUGAAUGUCAGCUUGAACUUUUUUUUGUUUAGUUUUCAAAGAGACUGUUUAAGCUUUUUUUUUUUUUUUGUACUUCAUUCAACGCCAUUUGUUCAAUGGACACAUUUUGGUAGGGAUGUUCACAACCAGUUUAUUGCUCUCUGACAUCAGGUGCUGCACCUUUAUUUGAGUUUUACAACCAGUUAAUGUUGCUAGAGAUGUUCUUUUCCCUAGCUAGCAUUUGUUUAGGUCUGAAAAUUUGACCUAUUGUUGAGAAUGUGCUUGGUAACAAUGGAGUUAUAUUUCUACCUCUUUUCCUGAGUGCUCUUUUGAACAGUUUGAAGAAAGUAUGACGCAGAGAAGUUAUUUAUCAUGGAAAUAAAGAUUUAUUUUGAGCAAUACAAAUCGGGCAAAUGCUAACAUCUGAACUUUUUUGCUCAUUUGCAAUUUCUCAAUUGUCUAAAAAGUGCAAUUGCACAUUUUAAAUUGCAUUUUCAUCAAGGACCUACAUUAUAGAUAAUCAUGCCUUUCCUAUAAAGCUGGAAACCGUAAAGAACGCCAACUAGCUUGAUUAUCUAGCAACAUACAAGUUCACUAGCAACCUACCAUGAAAGCUAAGCUGCUCACUAGUAAAGUUAAAAUAACUUGCAGAACAGGUUUAGAAAGAGGUUCAUGAAAGUAUAUGCAGCCAAAUCUCUUAAAGCUGUGUGGGGCUGAGAAGCUGCUCGCCAUUCUUCUUGUACUGCCCUGUUCCCCUAGUAACAUAUCAACAGUGGCAGCGUGAUUGGAGACUGAACAGCCAAUCAAAAUGUACUUACUCAAGUUUUCUGUCAUUGUGGUCAUGUCUAAAACUCUAUAAAGUAGAGUUUGGGCACAAAUAGAUGAUUUGAAUGGAGAAAUGGUUAAAACAAAAUGUGAAAAUGAGGGAAAAGGGGAUUUUUUUUGUCCAUAAAAACGUUUUAUGGACAAAAUAAACAGUGGUAGUAAAGAAAAGAAUUUCGAUCUUUUAAAGAGA